AUGUCCGCCACCCUGCCGCUGCUGGCCGUCGCCAUGUUGGUCGGCGUCUUGUCGGUGCCGGAGCAGUUCCAUCGUGCCGCCGACCCGAGCUCCGGCGUGAAGCUGCUCUACGUGCCGGCCGUCUCGCCGUUGAUCUACGGCGACGUCUACAACCGGAUCCGCGACCUGCUGAAGGCGACCGGACCGCAGCCGCCGCGCAGGCUCGUCAACGCCACGCCCAUCUCGCGCGAUGCGCUCGAGAAGGUGAUGCGCAUGUUCUCCAACGUGUCGGCGGGGAACGCCAGCGACGGCGGCGAGCUGGACUUCUCCAACCUGAUCGACAGCCGCGGCGAGGCGAGCCGCACCAGCGUCGUCAUCCUCGCCUAUUCGGUCAUCAUCGUGGUCUCCCUCUUCGGCAACCUGCUCGUGUGCCAGGUGGUCGUGCGCAACAAGCGGCUGCACACCGUCACCAACACGUUCAUCGCCAACCUGGCCGUGUCGGACGUGCUGAUGACGUGUCUCAACAUCCCCUUUAACAUCAGCCGUAUCCUGCUAGACGACUGGCCGUUCGGUGGCUUCAUGUGCAGUGUGGUGCCGUACGUGCAGGUGUGCGCCGUCUACGUCAGCGCCUUCACCAUGGCUGCCAUCGCACUCGACCGCUACCAGGUGAUCGUGAAGCCGCUGAAGCCACGCCUCGGGCCGCUGCACGGCGCUGCCAUCAUCGCCGUCAUCUGGCUGUUGGCGGCCAUCAUCUCGCUGCCGCACGCCGUCUACAACGAGCUGGUGACUGUCUUCACGUUCCGCGCGCUGACGCGCUGCCAGACGCGUUAUCCCAGCCCGUCGCGCCAGUUCCGCAAGUGGCUGACGCUGGUGACGAGCCUGACGCAGUACUACGUGCCGCUCACUAUCACCGGCGUGGCGUACAGCAUCAUCACGCGCAAGGUGUGGAGCCGCGCCGUGCUUGGCGCCGCCACCGAGGAGCAGAUGGUGUACCAGGCGCGCGCCAAGCGCAAGACCAUCAAGAUGCUGAUGGUGGUGGUGGUGCUGUUCGCCAUCUGCUGGAUGCCGCUCAACCUGUAUCAUCUGAUCGUCGACUUCAGCGUGGACACGAGCCCGCGGCGCCACAACUCGACCCUGUUCUUCUUCUGCCACUGGCUGGCAAUGUCUAACGUGUGCUACAACCCGUUCAUCUACUGCUGGCUCAACGAGCACUUCCGCGCCGGCGCGCUCGCCUGGUUUAAGUGCCUGGCGCGCCGCUCCUCCAAGGUGCACCCGGCCAUCGAGAUCAACGGCAUCCUGGUGCAGACGUCACGGCGUCGCGGCGGUGACUCGACGCCCAACACCAUGUCGAGCAGCGUGCGCGCCGACUCGGUGCGCCGUCAGCUCUCGGGCCGACACGAGGUCACGCUCAACGGCUACGUCGAGAUCCGCAGUCGGCGCGUGCUCGCCUCGCUGCUGGCGUCAGGGCGCGUGGCGGUGCUCAAUGGUGGCGGCAGCGGCCAGGUGCGGGAGACCAGCUUCGCGGUGGCGGAGCCGGCACGCAGCGGCCGCUCGGCCGGCCGCAAGAGCUCAACUCGCUCGCGCCGCUCCGUCUGA